CAGAACAAAUUGAACCAAAAAAAUUCACCACCAAUAACUAGUCUCUCUCACUCACUCAAAUGAAGCAAUGACAACUUCUUCACUCUCAAAUCCUUGUAAAAUCCCCGUCUUUCUUCUUUCACCACAAAACCAAUCCAACAAAUUCAACUUCAAAACCCAAAAACUUGUUCAAACUCACAACAAAAUCAAAUCUUUACUUAUUUAUAAUCCUAAUUUUAAUAAACUUCCUCGAAUUUCACGCCCCAGCAAAAUCAAAGCAGCAAUUGCAAUGGAAGGUGCUACUGAUCAAAGUGGCAAAACUGAGUCAAUGAAAAAUUUGCUUUUUGUUGAGAUGGGAGUUGGUUAUGAUCAACAUGGGCAGGAUAUUACUGCUGCUGCAAUGCGGGCUUGCCGGGAUGCAAUUUCUUCCAAUUCUAUCCCUGCUUUUCGUAGAGGAUCCAUACCAGGUGUUUCAUUUGAGCAAAUGAAACUGCAAAUCAAGCUUGGAGUGCCCCGAUCUCUCCAACAAUCUUUGGACAUUGAGAAGGUUAAAUCUGUGUUCCCAUAUGGAAAAAUACUCGAUGUUGAAGUGGUAGAUGGUGGACUCAUAUGCUCAAGUGGUGUUCAUGUUGAAGAGAUGGGAGAUAAAAAUGAUGAUUGUUACAUUGUUAAUGCAGCUGUUUAUGUCGGCUACUAAGGACUACAUAUUCUUGUCAUAUUUUUGACAUUAUGAGGGUUUUGGACACUAGUACCAGAUCUUUCUGAAGGAUGAAUAUGGACUUACUGUACGUUAUGAGCUCUUCCUGAAUAUGAGAUCAAUCUCUUUGUGUGCAUUUAUAUUUUUCCAUGUUCUCUGACAUUUUCUUACCUUGUGACAUGCAUCAUCAUAAGCAAUUGAAAAAGUUGUCAUAAUGAUACCUGAUGAUGCCAUUUCUGUAUCUUGUAGGUUAUGUUGUGAAAUUAUGAUAUAACAUUUCUUGUUUGGUAAGAGUAGAGUUCCGAAAGAAUAAAAAGGAAAUCUGAAGUUCAAUCAUA